CUUCACUGCGCGGCUCCGCGGCCAGUCGCUGUAGUGCUGGAGAGGCGGCGUGACCACACUGUCCCUUCGAUGGCUGAUUCCGCCUUUGGGUAAAGUGUGGAUCUUUUAAACUCACCGCCAGACGAACACAAACUACCGCCAGCGUACCCGGGCACGAUUAAUCUCUGUACCGCUUAUCACCUUUAAAUGCUGCAGGUGGCCUGUUAACAACUAUCAAAAAGACUUGAUGGUGAGCUUGGCUACGAUGUGCGGCCACUUGACGGUUUCUUUGUGAGAGGACUGAAGGUCAGCUGUGACCAUGCGUUGCCUGGCUGCUCGUGUCAACUAUAAGACCCUAAUUGUCAUCUGCGCCCUUUUCACACUCCUCACUGUCUUGCUGUGGAAUCGCUGCUCCACUAACACCUCCUUGCGUUUCCUGCCUCGGGCUGCUUUGGUGGCACCCAGUCCCAAAGGUGGUGAUGCGAGCAGUCAACAACACCCUCCACAACCUCCAGAACCCCCACCGAUUGUUAGUGGGAGCAAGUAUGAGGACAUUGACUGCCUGAUUAAUGAUGAAUCCACAGUCAAAGGCCGACAUGAGGGUGGAGAGAUCUACAUGCCCUUCAGUUGGAUGGAAAAGUACUUUGAGGUGUAUGGAAAAGUAGUGCAGUAUGAUGGCUAUGAUCGCUUCGAGUUUCAGCAUAGUUACUCGAAGGUGUACGCUCAACGGGAGCCCUAUCAUCCCAAUGGUGUCUUCAUGUCAUUUGAGGGUUACAAUGUGGAGGUCCGGGAUCGAGUCAAGUGCAUAAGUGGAGUGGAAGGUGUUCCUCUGUCUACUCAAUGGGGUCCUCAGGGCUACUUCUAUGCCAUCCAGAUUGCCCAGUACGGCUUGAGCCAUUACAGCAAAAACCUGACCGAGCGUGCACCUCACGUGGUGGUCUAUGAUACAGCAGAGGAGAGAGAUAACAGGAUCAGCUCUGCAACAUGGGCUGUGCCAAAGGGCGGAAGUCUCAGCCGUGUCUACGACAAGAGCCGCGCUUCCUCAGUCCGACAGUUUAGUGCUCCAGAGUCCUCGGGGGGAGUAUCACUCCCGUUAGAUAACACCAAAGACUUCAUCCUCAGCUUGGACAUAAAGUUCACCUCCAACGGCAGUUUGUCGGUCAUCCUCGACACUACAGAGAAAGGCUCGCCGUUCACGAUCCACUAUGUUACCAAUACGCAGCUCAUCGCCUUCAAAGACCGUGAAAUCACCUAUGGAAUAGGGCCGCGUACCAUCUGGACCUCCCUGACACGCGAUCUGGUCACAGACCUCAGGAAAGGCGUCGGUUUGUCUAACACCAAGGCUGUGAAAUCCACUAAGAUCAUGCCCAAGCGAGUUGUGCGAUUACUACUACAUGGGCGGGGCUUUGUUGACAACAUCACGAUCUCCACCACAGCCCACAUGGCCGCCUUCUUUGCUGCCAGCGACUGGCUGCGGCGCAACCAGGACGAACGAGGCGGUUGGCCCAUCAUGGUCACGCGUAAAUUGGGUGAGGGCUUCCGGCCACUAGACCCUGGCUGGUACUCGGCCAUGGCCCAGGGCCAGGCCAUGUCCACCCUGGUGAGAGCCUAUCUCCUCACCAAGGACCAGGCUUACCUCAAUGCUGCACUAAAGGCAGUGGGACCCUAUAAGGUUCCCUCAGCGCAGCAUGGGGUGAAAGCUGUAUUUAUGAACAAAUAUGACUGGUAUGAAGAGUAUCCCACCUCACCCAGUUCCUUUGUCCUCAACGGCUUCAUAUAUUCCCUGCUGGGACUCUACGACUUGAGCGAGACAGCUGGCGAGAAGCUCGGCAGGGAAGCCGGGCAGCUGUUAAGUCGCGGCAUGGAGUCUCUGAAAGCCAUGCUGCCGCUCUUUGACACCGGGUCAGGGAGUAUUUAUGACCUGCGCCACUUCAUGUUGGGCACUGCGCCCAAUUUGGCUCGCUGGGACUAUCACACCACGCACAUUAACCAGCUGCAGCUGCUGGCAUCCAUCGAUAGCUCGCCCAUCUUUAAGGAAGUGGUAAAGCGCUGGAAAGGCUACUUGAAAGGAAUCCGUGCUAAGCACAACUAGAGCGACAAAAGGGUGAAUACGCUUUGUGUGACUGGAUGGUUGACUGAAUGUGAAGAGGAAGCGUAUAUAUUGUAUGUCUGUAGGUGUUGGAGUGUAGGUUUAGAAUCCUAAGAAUGGGAUUGACGUAGCUGAAGGCCUCUUAGAAAUACAGACCUUGUGUGCUCUAUUGCAGGUGUUUUGUUCUCUCAAGCACUGAUUGUAGCACACAUACUUUUCUUCAGCUAGUAUUUGUAAUGAUGCACAGACUUAGUUUACAACAUACAAGUUUGUUUGUUUUUUAUUCCCAGGAAUGACCCUUCUGUGUUGUGCUUUUUUAAAUCUAGUAGUACUUCAACUUACGAGCGUGGUUUUGUGAUGGAGCGCUUAAGGGGAACUGCAUUUAAUUUAAAAUGUUGCCCAUCGUUCACAAUCAUAAUAAAAGACAUGACAAAAAUAUUAAUUAAAUACGAUCAAAAGUCCACUUACAAUGGAGCCUGUAGUAGUCGCUCUAUUCUGCCAUCAUCAAAACACCUCCAUUCAGGUGUUAUAUACAUGUUGUAAGUAUAUACUGUAUGUAAUGUAGUAACAAGCACAUUUAUAAUAACAUUUAAUAUUUACCGUAUCUUAUUUUAAGCAUACGCGGCACAUUAAUUUCCAAAAACGCUUCAAAAUGUUCGCUUUUUUAUUUAACUACAUCACUGAUUAUUACUCACUACAGACUUCAUGAAAGCCAACAAACAUAAUAAAACAUCACCUACUGUGCAAUGUUCGCUGUCAUUAGGAUGCAGACUGAUAGAAUCUAGUUAUAUUCCCGUUUGGAUGAAGAAUGACUCAUAAUCCUCGCAAAAAAGGGGGGGUGAAACCAAGUGUCUUUUCGUGUUGUUCUCGCCAUUUCAAAUGUAACAACUUGUCGGAAUACGUCCUCAGCCUUCUUCUGUCCAGGUGAAAUGCAUGAUUUAUGAUCAAGAAUAAACUUUCAGGGAGCAAGGAAUCGAGGAAACACCUCACCAGUCGAUCAUGUCGAAAUUGCACAAAAGCUUGCCAUCACCACUAUAAAAAGUUUGUCUGCGUCCAGCGCCCCCCGCGACCCCGAAGGGAAUAAGCGGUAGCAAAUGGAUGGAGGGGUCUGCGUUAGCGCUCAUAAUAACAAUAUCACCAAUACUUGGCUAAUAUUCAAGUCACAAAAUGUAAAUGGAUUAUUGUUGGCGAAUUAAUUAGAUGAAUGGUUAUUUAUGGAUUUUAUGGGCAAAAUCGAGGACCUCCCGUUGGCUCCCCUAUAAGCUGACAUUUAUUUACGUUUAUUCAAAUGUUAGAAUGCAUACCAAAAAAAAUCCAUCUGUCAUCAUGUAUUUCAUUAUGAUUGUGAACUAUAGGCAAAAUUCAAGUUCCCUUUUAACUCGACACAUGUAUCCCAAAUCAACAUCUCUCAUUGAAAUGAAUUUAAAUACAUGUAAUUGGUGCUUGGCCCCACAAAAGAGCACAAUUUUAACAUGUAAAAUGACUUUUAAAAAUGAAAAAAAAAUCUACAAAAAAAAAAAAAAUUACUAUAGAAUGUACUCUAAACGACAGUAGUUUUAUGAGGUAAUGUAAUAAUAAUGUACAUUUACCUUGGAGAGAGGACUUCUACAGUAUCUCCUUCGAGCUGCUUUCCCAUAUCUUCAUGGAUAAAUGUCCACCGUUUAGAUAUUAUUUUAUUAUUCUUGGCUGGGGUUAGACUCAUUCUGCUUCAAAACGGUGCAGGCUCGCAGUGAUGCGCUCGAAUUGCUUCGCCAAGCUGCCAACACGCGUGAUCACGUUUUUCAGUCCAGGUGCCACUGUAACUGGUAAAAGCGCAUCACAUUUGAAGGGUCUCGAUUGGGAUUCAGCUGUACUUUCCCCCAUUUCAUCUCAUAAUGACCACUCUGUAAAUAUUAUAUCGAAUGCAUCGCAAUCCCACACUCACAUCUUUUUUAAACCUUGCUUCCAAUGGUAUGUCUGGACUUUAGUUAGCUGUAUGCUAACAUUGACAGACAAGCUAGAAAGUGCAGACUUUAGUAAAGCAGGUGUUUGCCUCUCUGGAGACCACUCAUGGAUGUAUCAAAUGUCUUGGGUCUUAAGGUGAAUACACUUACUUACUAUACAGUAUUAAGGGGAUUUUUUUUCAGUUUACCUGACACAUGAAACAUGACAAAUUAGGGGGUUGCACUACCCACUUUAGCCACCCAUCGGCAGUAGAGGGUUAAAUAUCUUUAAAUGUGUUUUGUAGCAAUUCCAACUUUGACCACAUGUCAGGUGCUAUUUAGAGCAGUUUUCCAUCAUUUUAAGCAGACUGCAUUGCAAAAUGGUUAACCCCCCACCCCUUCUUCUCACGCGAAAUUCACCCAGGAAUGGGGCCAUAUGAAUCCCUUCCCGACGGUAAUAAGAGACAUGUGAUGCAUCGUCAGAUGUUAAUAAUAUUUAAGUUCACAAACAGCUUAUUGCGCCUGCAUAAAAUGGACGAAUAGCAUAGGGGUGAAUUAAUCUUGGCAAACCCGCUCUUUAGUAUUUCAUUUUCGUUAUCAAAGCCAACAUGUACAGUAGACAAGACACUACUUUGCAAAUAGUCUUUCAGGGCCCUAUUCUACAAUGUACUUAGAUGAAAAAAGGUGCGCAACUGCACAGAUUCUGGCCCAUGACUUAAGUCUUGUCACUGCCCGCCUUCAUCCAAGAUGCACACUCUCGAUGGAGCAACCUUAAAAUGAGGUUCCCUAUCAAAUCUGGCCUUUUUGCAUAUUCCCCCAUCCACUUAAUUACUUUUGCUUGUAUGCGUUUCCUAGGCUGGAAUAAGUCCAAGGUGAAACAUCAUAUUGCACUUGAAGUUUGCAUACUGUGUACACCACACAUGAAAAAUGACAAAAUAAGCUUCCAGAAAACUAUCAAAUAAAUCUAUUCUGACCCCUUCAAUGGAGACAUCCGGAAAUAUCCGUUGAGAUAGGGAUAAAAGGACCAAAACGCCACUCUAAAUUAACUAUCGAAAUACAAAUUGCUCAUCAAUGUCUUGUGAGUUCGACCACAGCAGAGGGGGGCUGCGCGUAUAUCAUUUGUGUUUGGACAACCUGGACUAACAGAUGUUCAUUGCUUUUGGACUAUGUGACUAUUUAAUAGAAAGUACAUACAGUACAGGCCAAAAGUUUGGACACACCUUCUCAUUUCAAUGCAUUUUUUUUUUUCAUGACUAUUUACAUUGUCACUGAAGGCAUCAAAACUAUGACACCUGUGAAGUGAAAACCCUUUCAGGUGACUACCUCUUGAAGCUCAUCAAGAGAAUGCCAAGAAUGUACAAAACAGUAAUCAGAGCAAAAGGGUGGCUAUUUUGAAGAAACUAGAAUAUAAAACAUAUUUUCAGUUAUAUCACCUUUUUUUGUUAAGUACAUAACUCCACAUGUGUUCAUUCAUAGUUUUGAUGCCUUCAGUGACAAUGUAAAUAGUCAUGAAAAUAAAGAAAACCCAUUGAAUGAGAAGGUGUGUCCAAACUUUUGGCCUGUACUGUAUAUAAUGUAGAGUCUUAUCAUAUGAUUUAAUUUAUUUGACAGUUAAUUUCAGAUGUCUCACGCCCCUGCGUAAGGCCAUACACACAAACUGUUUACACCCAUCUGUCAUGGCUUCACGAACAGAACUCUUAACAUCACAAAUAGCAUCAGGAUGGUUAUAAUAAUAAGUAAACAAAAUAUUAUCUACUGAUUAUUAUUCAAAACCAGUCAGGAAGAAGAAGCUGUUGUAGCGUGCAUACACACACUACGUCACAUGACGACAACUGCCUGUAUGAAUGCAGCCUUUUUUUAAUCUAAAGUGUUCUCUUUUUUCAUGGAUUUCAGUGACAUGCACGAGUGUUAGGAAAACCCGACACUACACAAUUUUCACACAGCCCCCCCCAAAAAAGUUUGCCUCAUUAGUAAUGAGCCCGCCUUCAUUCACGACCUAAGCACUUUUGCUUAAGCUCAAACAGGAGAAUAUGGUCCUUAAGUGUGUUGGUGGCAGUUUGUGGAGGCAGGUGUAGUUGGUUGAUAGAAAUGUUUUCUGUCCAUGCAAUUCAAUGUGGGCAGCAAAGGCUUACUAUGAUUUCAACAUUAUAUAAAAAAAAAAGCAUUAAGAUGACCAAAGCCUGAGGUGAAUUGUUGACAGACUCAAGUUUUUCCUUGGUGCAUUAACCUUAAUCUUUUUGAACAAGCCUAGCCGAGUAUGAUAAGACGGAAGCUUGCCAAUAAACCAUCUUCUAGUCAGGAGAGCUUGCCCGCGGUAAUGCGUGAGUCAGCAGAACAAUUGAGAGGCUUUGAGUUGAUGUAGCGCAAAUAUCCUCAAUGGAAGCAGAGGAGCCAGUAAUCGGGGUCAGUCUGCAUUCAGCAGGAAGGAAGUCAAAAAGUGAAUGUUUUAUUAUGCGAAUCGGAAUUGUCUUGACCCUUAGAACAAAACUGCGUACAGACAGUUGAGAUGUAUGUAAAGUAAGAUGACAACGGCGCAGUAUUGUGUGUCGUCUGAGUAACUUGGAUUACAAUAGUAUUGCGAUAACUAUAAUAUCAUGAUACAGUGCUACCUUGGUUUUUGUUCAAUCAAUUGUACAAAGACCAAAGCAAUUUUUCCCUUCAGAAAUAAUGUCAAUCCAAUCUCUUCCAGACUGUAAUCGAUUAUAGUUGUAGUUUUUAGAGCAGGGGUGUCCAAAGUGCGGCCCGCAGCUAAUUGUUUACCGGCCCGCCACACAUUCUGGAAAUGCUAUUACAAAAAUCAAAAAAACAUUAAAAAAGUGGAAUGAGGUGAAAUCCAACUAGAAAAAGUUGCAAUGUUGACACAAAGCUGCCAUGCAGGCUGUCUAUCUUUGUUUUCCUUUUUUUGCCAAUGCUCAAAGAAAGAAAAAAGGCAAAAAAUCAAUGUUAUGAUGAAUUAUUGACCUAUUCAAGGCUCCAAUUACUUCAAAUAUUUCACAUUAAAAUGUUUUAUGUGGAAAAAAUAUUGCACAUAUUUUCUUUGACAAAACAGCAUAAAACAAACAAAAUAAUAGUUCAAACGUAAAAUCGACAGAAAUAUCUGAAGUUGAUCUUGUAACUUAAGUCUUGAAAGUAAGACCGAUAAUAAUAAAUAUGUAUCACUUUAUGAGUGGGGGACCUUUUGGAUCCCAAAAUAUUUAGUGGGGAUUUUAUUUAUCUUUUCACUGUGAUUAAUCAAAAACAACAAUGACAAUAAAAUCAAUGGUGUCCUGCAUUAUUGAUCUUUUCAGGGCUCCAAUUACUUCACAAUUGUUCAAAUACUGCAUAUUUCAGUUUUACUAUAAAAAAAAAACAAAGUUGUCUUUGACAGAAAAGGCGUAAGGCAUUUUUUCUUUUUUUUUUUUUACUUUAUAUCAACCUGAAGUUGAUAUACAGAUUUAUUGUAAGCGUUAAAUAAAAAAUAGAAAAAAUAAUAAUUUGACUUGUUUUUAACAUUUUAAUGUUAUGUUAUGUUAUUUUAAUUGAUUAUGCGCCCCCCAACCAACUGUUACAUCCGCGACUGAGACCCUUUAUGGGCCCCAGGAGCCCUAAAGGUAAAAAAAAAAAAAAUUGAUAUAUUUUGUUAUUGUUUGAAAAUAAAAAAUAUCAAAAUGGCCCCCGCAUGCUUUAAUUUUUCCGUGUGCGGCCCUCAGUGGAAAAAGUUUGGACACCCCUGUUUUAGAGGAAUCUUUGGGCAUCUAACGAUACAUUUCUGAUUCUUGUAAUAUAUUUGGUAUAUAGACUAUAAGAAUAAAACAUUUUUGAAUCAGGUUACAGUGUUAAGGUUUAGUUCAAGAGUGGACGCAGAGAACGGAGGCAAGGUAUGCGAUAGAAAUGCAAAAAGUUUAAUUAGUCCAAAAUGUUAACAAAGGGUGAUGGGGCAAAAGUGCACACCAUGGGAAAUAUAACAAAUGUUGUCUCUCUCGGAGGUUGACGGGGCAAAAGCCAGGACGCACACAGCGUGGCAAAACAAGUCCUCUCAAUAUAAGGAGGCUAGGAAAACAAAACACAAUGAAGUCAAUAUUACAGAAUAUACUAAGGCAACAUACCAUGGAAGCAGGGAUCAGGUAGCACACGUCAAGGUGGAGUUCAGGAAACAAUAACCAGCGAGGUCCAGCAGUGAGUGACGAGCCUAAAUACUGGUGAGCUAAUUGCCAGCGGAUGUGCCACCAUUUCCGCCCCUAGCCGAGGACGAAUCGCUAAAAACAGGUGCAGACAAGGAGAAGGCAGGAAAACACUAAAAACACAACAUACAGGUUACAAAAGCUCCUCUUGGCUGCUGAUGUACAACUUACACACAGUGUGGGCCUAAAAAAAUUUUUUUUUAUUUUUUUAUUUACCAAAAUCACAGAAUGAGCAAAGCUCGGUCUACCGAGCUAUCUACAUUCCUAUUUUCACCUAUGGUCAUGAAGUGUGGGUCAUGACCGAAAGAAUAAGAUCGCGGAUACAAGCGGCUGAAAUGAGUUUCCUCAGAAGGGUGGCUGGCAUCUCCCUUAGAGAUAGGGUGAGAAGUUCAGUCACCCGAGAGAGACUCGGAGUAGAGCCGCUGCUCCUUCGCUUGGAAAGGAACCAGCUUAGGUGGUUCGGGCAUCUCGUGCGGAUGCCUCACGAGCGUCUCCCGAGGUAGGUCCUCGUUGCACGUCCCACUGGGAGGAGACCCCGCGGCAGGCCGAAGACCAGAUGGGGGGGAUUACAUCUCCUCUCUGGCCUGGGAACGCUUCGGGAUUCCCCAGGAGGAAGUUGCUAAUGUUGCUCUGGAGAGGGAAGUCUGGGGGUCUCUGCUGGAGCUGUUGUCCCCGCGACCCGAUCCCGGAUAAGCGGUUGAAGAUGGAUGGAUGGAUGAAAAUCACAGAAUAUUAAUCAAUCGAAUAAAAGAAAAUAGAGCAACUCCAACCCAAUCCUAACUUUACAAUACUUCUAAGAAAUGUACAAGAAAUUGAGAAGACAUACAAAUACAAUACUAAAAACAUUUAGUACUAGUUAACCAAAAAUGAACUAAAGCAACAGUAUCAAUAAUAAAAUCAAUAAUAGAUGUUCAUUGUUUUUGAACCGAAAAUUGAUUCUAAAAAAAAAAAAAGUGUUGAUUUUUUUUCCGUUUUUUUAAACGACUUUUUUAAAAUUCGUAUAUUUUCUAAUCGCAGUAAAUAUGAAUUGCAGUUCAAGUUAAACUACCACUGAUAGUCACACACAUAUGGUGUUUUGAAAUUACCCUCUGCAUUUGACCCAUCCCCUUGUUCCACCCCGUGGGAGGUGAGGGGAGUAGUGAGCAGCGCUCUGGAAUCAUUUUGGUGAUUUAACCCCCAAUUCCAAUCCUUGAUGCUGAGGUAAUGGGUGUCACAUACGGGGGUGCAGUUUGCUGCGGUUCGUUCUCUCAACGCAACAAUGGACGGCUCCGGACGACAGCGUGAAGGUAGGCUUUGGUUUAUUAAACGUAAAUAAUCCAAACUACCAAAAUGCAGGCAAAACAACAAAAAAGGCAAGCGUGCCUAAAACACAUGAAGCUAAUUUCUUAGCAUGGACUAGGACAUGGCAUAAUCAAAAACUUACUUAGUCAAAGGUGUGACGCAAAAACAAUGACUCCACACCGAGUGACAGGAAAAGGCAGAACUAAAUAGAGUCUCUGAUGAGUAACAGGUGCGUGUGCAGGGCAGGUGAAAAUCAAGUAACCAUGGUGACCAAACAAACUCACAGGUGCACAAGCAAUAACACAAGAAGUCCAAAACUAACAGAAAACACAAAAACAUGAUCCGGACCACGAAUCAUGACAAUGGGUCCCAUUUUUAUAGUCUUUGGAUGACUCGGCCAGGGUUUGAACUCAUGACCUACCCGAUCUUAGGCCGGACACUCUAACCACAAGGCCACUGAGCAGGUUUGGAUGUGAAUCCAUUUUUUGAGCACCCCUAAAAGUUUUACAUGCAGAAAACUAUCACAGUGCUAGCGCUCGCAACUUUUUUGGGCCCCACAGUGUAUUUGUAUUCAUUUAUCAUACUCAAAUUUAAAAACCAAACAUGGAUUCAUUGUUUGGGCACUGGAUUAUGUGAAAGUAGUUUAUUUGUAUGAUUACCAGGCCAGCAUACAAAAACCCAGGCCAAAAAUGUUGGCAAAGACUUUUGUCUAAAAGUGGGGUAUAUGAAAACCAAGGUGCCACUGUACAGUGAUUGUGUGAUAAGCGAUAUUAUGGGGGGGGGGAAUAAGUGCAAUACAUAUUGAUAUUGAUAUUUUAAGAACCUUUCCAAAAACAGUUGUCCUUCAACCGUUGAAGUGAAUAUGCGAGAAUAAGUGAUAUUCGCUUCCUGUUUAAAAGGUUCAAUUUUCAGCCUAUUUUAAAUUCAAAAAUCAUUAUGGUAGGUAAUGAAAGUUAGAAUCAUUUCAUUGUUGAUAUCUAACCAAGUUUGACCUGCUCUGGCCAAAUGCAUCCGCGUCAUUAUAAGAUGUUUAAGGAAACGGGUAAAAGGUCAUAUUGGUGCGCUCGACUAAACCACAGUGUUUUGUUUUUUUUAAAAACAGGUUAGGUUCUGUUCUAAGAAUGUUAGUACUCCAAUUCUGUGUUUUUGCAAUUUCUGCGUAAUUCAUUCAUGUCUUUCCAUUGUUUUCACUGUAGCUGAAAGUGCACACAGGAAAGUUCAGUUUUGUUUAUACCAAAGUCACUCAUUAGAGAAUAUUGCAUGUAUAUUUUUGAACAGAUUCAGCAUUAUAUGAGCUUCAGUCACCUUGUGACUUUGCCUUUUUAGUACUAAUGGUAGUGUAGAUUUUAAGGGGGGGGAAAUAGGUCAAAGUUUCUGUAAAAGGGGGCUGUGUGCAACCAGAGAUUAGCAUUUAGGUGCAGCUACAAUAUCAACCGAUUUUUGUGCACACUUAUUGAUUUUUUUUUCUACUUUCAUUUUAGGUCGUGUGGUGGGUUUGUAAUCAUUUUGCUAUUUAGACAAAAGCACAAGUUCCAUUGUUUUAGUUGGCUUUAUUUCGGCUUCAUUAUUAUUUCCGCGAUGUGAGGUGCAACUUGUGCAUUAUGAAAGCUGCUAUUAUUAUUCACUCUGUAAAAGACAAUGCAACUUUCUUUGUUUUCAUAUUCAGUGCUUCUCCCUCCGCUCGCAUAAUGGCCACUAGGGUCAAAGGUAUUUUAUGCAAUAAAACGUUUACUUUGGUUCUGUCCGCCACAGGACACACGUAGUGGUUGUACACAUGUCCAGUUGAAACACAAUGUGCAAAUGCUACCAUUUUUUGUAUUUUUUUUUUUUUUUAGUGUAAGAAGGUAUAGAGGUGUCUAUACACACAAAGUACAACAUUGUGCUUUAAAAGUACUUCUUUUUUUUUAAAUGCAAAAAUAAAUAAAAGCAUUUCCCUAAACUCCUGGUCUAAGUGUCUAAUGUAUUUAUGCUUAAACUGCUGUAUGUUGUUAUUUUGGUUAGUGUCCCUUGAAUCCAAUUGAAAAUCAGUGACAUGUGGUUCUGGCAGACA